AUGUUUCGCGUUGCUCUCCUCGGAGCUCUCGUGCUACAGAUUUUAUCGCAUGAAUUAGUGUACUUGCACGAUGGAUCACCGCUUUUCGGCGAUGAGUCGAACGGACCAAACGGGAAACUUGUCACCACCUUUUUCGGGAUCCCAUUUGCCGAGCCGCCACUCGGGAAUUUGAGAUUCCGAAAGCCAAAGCCAAAAGCUCCUUGGAGGCACGUCUUCAACGCAACCACACCGCCAAAUGCUUGCUAUCAGAGCAUUGACACCUACUUUGGCGAAUUUUUUGGGGCAACCAUGUGGAAUGCGAACACGAAAAUGUCCGAGGAUUGUCUGUAUCUCAAUGUUUUUGUGCCCGGAAAGAUUGAUCCAAACAAACGCCUGGCGGUGAUGGUUUGGGUUUACGGUGGCGGUUUCUGGAGUGGUUCCUCUGUACUCGACGUCUAUAAUGGGAAAAUUUUGCCAACCGAAGAGAACAUCAUCCUCGUCUCGAUGCAAUAUCGAGUGACGAUCUUCGGAUUUCUCUAUUUGGGACAACCGGAAGCACCCGGAAAUAUGGGACUUUGGGAUCAGCAUUUGGCAUUGAAAUGGGUUCACAAGCACAUUGAUGUGUUCGGCGGUGAUCCGAGUCGAAUCACCCUUUUCGGCGAGUCGGCCGGAGCAGCCUCAGUAAACAUGCACAUGCUCUCCACGAAAUCAACUCCUUAUUUUCAUCGAGCAAUUCUUCAAUCCGGCAGCGCCACCGCUCCAUGGGCCACCGAGCCGAGAGAGAUCGCUCUCCAAAGGAGUGUCGUUGUCUACAACGCGAUGCACUGUGGUAACAUGUCCCAUCAGCAGAUCGAUCGACUCGAAGUGAUUCGCUGUAUGCUGGAGGCUGAUCCAGAGACUCUAUUGAAAUAUGAAUGGGAGCCGGUGAGGGAAUUCGCCGAUUUUCCGUGGGUUCCCGUCGUGGAUGGGGAUUUCUUGACGGAGCACCCGGCGACCGCGAUUCGUCAAGGACAUUUCAAGAACACUGAACUUCUUCUUGGAAGCAAUCUCGACGAGAGCAUCUACUUCAUCGUUUAUCAAUUACCUGACAUCUUCCCAACAAGUGAAUUCUUCUCCGUCGACAAUUUCAUCGAGGAUCGGAAUACCUGGGUUCGAGGGAUCAAUCAGCUGUUGCCACGUCAAAUGCUUAAAUCCGCUCUAACCUUGGCUGCAAUUCUUCACGAGUACGAGCCGUACACCUCGCCUAUCAAACCUCAGGAUUGGAUAAAUGCCAUGGAUAAAAUGCUUGGCGAUUACCAUUUCACUUGCAAUGUCAACGAGAUGGCGCUCGCUCAUGCGAAACAUGGAGGAGACACAUACUAUUAUUAUUUCACGCAUAGAGCCACCGCACAAACAUGGCCCCAAUGGAUGGGUGUCUUGCACGGGUAUGAGAUCAAUUUCAUCUUCGGCGAACCGUACAACACAGCCAAGUUCAACUACACGCGAGAAGAACAAGAACUCUCGAGUCGUUUCAUGAGAUAUUGGGCGAAUUUCGCGAGAACUGGAGAUCCGAAUAAGAACGACGAUGGCACGUACACGCAGGAUGUUUGGCCGAAAUAUGUGGCGAACUCGAUGGAGUAUAUGAAUUUGACGAUUGAGUCACAGUAUGCCGAUGGAGCCAAGCGGAUAGCCCACGGUCCCCGCCAAAAGGAGUGCACUUUCUGGAAAUUCUAUGUCCCGAAUCUAAUGUCAGCUUUGGCCGACUACGGUGACCCAUAUCUGCAAUGGAAACAACAAAUGGAGAAAUGGCAAAACGAGUACAUCACCGAUUGGCAACUCCAAUUCGAGCAGUACAAAAAGUAUCAAACCUAUCGACAACAGGACUCCGAGAAUUGUCACAAUGAUCUU